AUCACUUCCUGCGAGAUCUCCACGAGGAGAGCACCGCUGUCCCCACGCUGCCCCGAGGAGGGGCCACCCCCGGCAUGGCAAUGGCCARCCUGGCCGCGCAGGACUCCUAUCUGCAGGGCUUGGCCAGGAGGGCCGGCGUSCAGCACGCCCCGGAGUCGCGGAAGAGGAAAUUUGUGUCUAAGCCAGGCCAGCCCGAGGAUGCUGGCAGACAGCCCAAGAAACAGAAGAGAAAGAAGUCCAGGAAGCAAGCUGAAAAGAAGAAUGCUCCUUCAGCCAAACAGGUGGUUUCUAACACCAGUAAAGCCACUCCUGGACAGAAAGCAGCCCCUCAAGCCAGCAAAACACCUCCACAGAGUGUUACACAGAACAAAAAUGAGARUUUGGCUACAGGAAGUAAAAGUGAACUGAGUUCCCCUUCUGUUUCUGCAAUCAGUCUGUUGCGUCAGAGACUCCAUGAGAAGAUUAAAAAAGCUUCUGGACAGGAUAAUGCAAAAGAAUUAACUCCUGCAGUCCUGGAGAAGAGGCAGMGAAGGAAGUACGAGAGAGAGAGAAAGAAGCGCCGGCGAAAGGAGUUGAAGAUGAAGGCAAAAAUGGAGAAGAAAAAAACCGAGGAGGUACCAGCAGAGCCAGAAAACAAAAAGGAAGAGAGCAGAACUGAAAUUGUUUUCAACAGGGUUCAAGUGCAUGAAGAGAAUGAGUUGAACAAGAUCCAGAAGAAGAAAGAGAAAAGGAAAGCAGUGAAAGGCAAUAUCACUCCUUUGACGGGCAAAAACUACAAGCAGCUGCUGAGCAGGCUGGAGACCAGGAAGAAUAAACUGGAGGAGCUCAAGGAUAAGGAUGAGAAGAAAGCUCAGGAGCUGGAGACCAAGAUAAAAUGGACAAAUGCUCUCUAUAAGGCAGAAGGGGUGAAGAUCCGUGACGACGAGGAGCGUCUGAAGGAAGCCCUGAAGCGCAAGGAGAAGAGGAAAGCCCAGCGCAAGAGGCAGUGGGAGCAGCGAACUGUCAGGGUGGCAGAAAAGAUGCAGCAGCGGCAGGACAAGCGCCAGAAGAACAUCCAGAAGAAGAAGAAGGAGAGGAUAGARAAGAAGAAAGCCAGGGCCCGGAAGAAGGGCCGAAUUCUGCCAGAGGACUUGAAAAAAGCUGGGUUAAAGUGAGACCAAAGCAGCCACUCCUGGCAUUUGGGGUUCCAGGGUGGGGUGUCCAUCUGUCACACGGGGCUGUGGCACUGUCCCAGAGGAGGCAGUGCCUGAGGACACCAGGCUGUGGGGCAGGCACUGCCACAGCUUCCCAUCUUCAUACUAAAAAACAGUUGUAUAUUUGUUAAUAAAGUUUUCUGUCCCAAAAAAAA